GUUGAUUUUCAAAACGCGAUAAGCGCCAUUUUUGAAAAAAAUGAGAUAAGGUGCCCAUAUUGUAAAGCUACUCAGUUACUAUUAGGAAAACUUAAUUUUAAUCUUCACGGCGCAAAAUUUUCAUUUUAUUUCUAUUUUUGAAAAAAACGUUUGGUUUCAAAACGCGGCAUUGUCGAUUUUAUUUAGCGUCAAAAUGCGGUAUCGAUUCGGACCAAUCCGGGUAAAUAUUACUAUUUAUCUGCGCAUGCGCAUUAAGCAUCUCUAAGUGAAACAAUUGUUAAAAUGGCGGACUUUGAUGGUCACGACGAAAGUGUUGUACUGACAUUUAAGUCCAGAAAAAAGAAGAGGUCAUGCACAGAAAGAGAAAAAGAAAAGAUCUUUCGUCAUUCAGGAGAAGGAAUGAUCCCGUCCAUUUCGUGUAAUCAUAUUAAAGGAUUCUGCAAGGCUCAAGAUAUAACACCUGAUGACCUGGUGAAAUGCCAUGCAGAUUUUUACAGCAAACUGGACAAAGUGUCACAAGAUGCUGCUAUAGUAGCUUUGCUUGAUGUGGACAACACGAAAAGAGUGAAUGAUCAGAGGAAAAAACAAGACACAUGA